AUGCACAACCACGUGUCCCCCGAGUCCCCAACUCCGCUGCCCCGCCCGUCCCUUCCGCGCGCGCUCCCCAAGGUGCAGCGAUUUGACGCCUUGCGGAGUAACACGACGAAAGUUCAGAGCGGGAAGGCGGGGAGAAGUGUGACCAAGGAAAUGGGACACACCUCAUCUGGCAAUGAAGUGCCCUUGAAAUAUUCUUCCGGCAAAGCUUUCCCCCUAGGGGUGUCACAAGUUGAUGAUGGGCUAAAUUUUGCUAUAUUCUCACAGCAUGCUUCUUCUGUCACCCUUUGCUUGAAACUUCCUGAUAGAGGCACCCAAGAUGAUGUGGACAUUGUAGAGUUUGCUUUAGAUCGCCAGAAGAACAAGACUGGAGAUAUAUGGCAUGUGUCGGUGGAGGGUUUGCCUGCUUUUGGUGUUCUUUAUGGGUAUCGCAUUAAUGGUCCUCAAGGGUGGCAACAAGGUCAUAGAUUUGAUGACAGCGUUAUUCUUCUGGACCCUUAUGCAAAAUUAGUUUCUGGUCGAAAGCACUUUGCAGUUGAAAGAGAGAAGCCAAGCCAGCUUUUCGGAACGUAUGAUUUCGAUAGCUCACCUUUUGACUGGGGUGACAAUUAUAGGCUUCCUAAUUUGCCUGAGACAGAUCUUGUUGUAUAUGAAAUGAAUGUCCGUGCCUUCACUGCGGAUGAGUCAAGCGGGCUUGGUCCAGCUAUUCGUGGAAGUUACCUUGGUGUCAUUGAUAAAAUUCCUCAUUUGCUGGAACUUGGCGUUAAUGCAGUGGAACUACUUCCUGUUUUUGAGUUUGAUGAGUUGGAGUUGAAGAGGUUCCCUAACCCAAGGGACCACAUGGUAAAUACAUGGGGAUAUUCUACAAUCAACUUUUUUGCACCCAUGAGUCGUUAUGCUAGUGCGGGUGGUGGACCUGUGGCUGCUUCCAAAGAGCUCAAACAGAUGGUCAAGGCAUUUCAUAAUGCUGGAAUUGAGGUUAUUCUGGACGUGGUUUAUAACCAUACAAAUGAAGCUGAUGAUGCUAACCCUUAUGUGACUUCCUUUCGUGGCAUUGAUAACAAGGUCUAUUACAUGUUAGACUUCAACAACAAUGCUCAGCUGCUGAACUUCUCGGGUUGCGGGAAUACACUAAACUGCAACCAUCCUUUUGUCAAGGAGCUUGUACUCGACAGUUUGAGACAUUGGGUUAAGGAGUAUCACAUAGAUGGAUUUCGGUUUGACCUUGCGAGUGUUCUUUGUCGUGGACCAGAUGGCAGUCCUCUUGAUGCACCUCCACUCAUUAAGGAUAUUGCCAAAGACUCUGUAUUGUCUAGAUGUAAGAUCAUUGCUGAACCUUGGGACUGUGGUGGCCUUUAUCUAGUGGGGAGGUUCCCUAAUUGGGACAGGUGGGCUGAAUGGAACGGGAAGUACAGAGAUGAUAUUCGAAGAUUUAUUAAGGGAGAUCCUGGUAUGAAGGGGGUGUUUGCAACUCGUGUUUCUGGUUCUGCAGAUCUCUACCAGGUGAACAAUCGGAAGCCUUACCAUAGUGUGAACUUUAUAAUUGCUCAUGAUGGAUUUACUUUAUGUGACCUUGUUUCAUAUAACUCCAAGCAUAAUGAUGCGAAUGGAGAAGGUGGUCGUGAUGGGUGCAAUGACAACUACAGCUGGAACUGUGGCAUUGAAGGAGAAACAAGUGAUUUGAAUGUGCUAAGUCUUCGUUCAAGGCAAAUGAAGAACUUCCAUGUGGCAUUAAUGAUUUCCCAGGUUUAUAUUACCGACCAUAGUUACCUUUUACGUGUAGCUGAGUAUAACUUACGAGUUACAUUAUAUACAAUAGGAAUACAUGAUCACAAUUCUGGUGGAGAUAUCUAUUUGGCAUUCAAUGCUCAUGAGUAUUUUGUGGAUGCUGUAAUUCCCCCACCACCACAGCAUAAAUCUUGGAGUCGUGUGGUGGAUACCAACCUGGAAUCACCAAAGGAUAUUGUCCCAGAAGGGGUGCCAUUCACAGGUUCAGGGUACAGGAUUGCUCCCUACUCUUCCAUCUUGCUUAAGGCAAAGCCUUAG